UCCUUUUCCUGCAAAAAUAUAUGCUAAUAAAACGCUUGAGGUGGCAUUUUGAAAAGAGAAAACUUCCAUUUUAUUACUAUAUGGUAUAAAGAUAAUUAUAUGCCUUUGAUUGAUAUCCUGAUUUUUUUUGCGGAGACACAUUCCUGUCCCCACUUGUAUUGGAGUGAACGGCGAUAUUUACUUCUGGGACUGCAUGAAUCGAUGGACCCGUCCACAGCCCGUUAAAACAGCUGCAAUACCAUGCUUGGCCGCUGAGCACUGGUGGAUUGCGGAGGCAUGCGCUGCAAGGUUUCAAGCGUUUCAAGCCGUUAUUAACCCCAAUACAAGAAGAAGUAACCGUCUGCGAGAGAGUGGCGUCACAGCCAGGUUGCAGCCGAGCCCUGUGUAUUGGAAAGUAAACAAGGCGAUGGAGAACUGCGGGCAUUUUCACACUCAGUUGCUUUCUAUUAUGGAGGUCUUGGCUAAUACGGCUGUUCUGGAGAUCUGUAAGCUGGUGGACGAUGGUUUUACCCACCUGAGGCUGGAGGUGUCCCGGACCCAGAGAGAGAACCUGGAACUGAAGAGCAAACUGCGGCUGAUGGAAGUUGGAGCCCCCGUCCCGCCGUUGGGGAGCUGCUCAGAAAGAGGUGGUGUUGCUGUUCCCUCACCUCCGCAAAGGAGUUCCAGUGUUAAAGGUAUGUCAUGGGAGUCUGUGUCAUCUCUAGGUCACAGUGCUGAGCCUCUCCUUGGAGGUCGGGAUGGAGAAACGGACAUGCUGGAGGAGAAGCCUUUGGUGGUGAUCAAGCUGGAAGAGGAGCUGACAGGGUGCAUCAUGGGAGAAUGCCAUCGGGAGCUCCCUGCUAGCAGCAUGGUAGACGAGCAGCCCUCCCUCGCCCCUAAGGAGGAGUGGUGUGCUCCCCUGGUCUUCAUGUCUGGAGGGGACCGGCAGGAGGAGCAGGCCUGGUCUGGCAGCGGUCUGGUCGGUGGUCCGUCGCCCAGAGGGGGAGCAGGCUUCCUGCUGGGUGGGGUCUCAAGGCCAGCUCCUGGUCGUGGCGUUGCUAGGGGAGACAGCCUAUCAAAAGGAAGCAGGUCCAUCGAAAUGGGCGCACCCCGACGCCUCUCCUCCCGCCUCCUCACCCCCCGGCCAACGGGAGGAGCAAAGGACGGCAUUGGCUCCUCGCCGCUCUCCCUCCAGAACAAGAACCCCUCCUCCUCCUCCUCCUCGUCCGUGAAGCGGACCCCCCGGACCUCUCUAUCGGAGGGGAACGGUCGAGACCCCGCUCACCCGUGGGUCUUCAGCUGUCCAAUGUGCAGGAAGGACUUCUCCACCUCCAAAGGGCUGACGGUGCACCAGCGGCUGAGCCACGGCCCCGGCGGCAGCCAGCGCGCCGUGCGGCCGUUCAGCUGCAGCGUGUGCGGGAAACACUUCCUGCGGUCGAGCAGCCUCAAGCCGCACAUGGGCAUCCACGUGGGGGAGCCCUACGCCUGCACGCAGUGCGGUCGCCGCUACUCCAGCCGGGGGAACCUGGGCCGACACCAGGCCCUCUGCAACGCCGCGUCGUCCACGUAGCGGGUAGGGCUGGGUGCCGUGGCCCAUGUCCUGAAUCGAUUCGGUUUCGAUUCAUAAGGUUCUGAAUCGAUUAAUUAGUAGCGGGACGUCUGUCCGUAGAGGUGGUGCCGAGGUUUGUACAUAAAGUGACGUAGCGGGACGUCUGUCCGUAGAGGUGGAGCGCGAGGUUUUGUACAUAAAGUGACGUAGCGGGACGUCUGUCCGUAGAGGUGGUGCCGAGGUUUGUACAUAAAGUGACGUAGCGGGACGUCUGUCUGUAGAGGUGGAGCGCGAGGUUUGUACAUAAAGUGACAUAGCGGGACGUCUGUCCGUUACGAAUUGCGAUAUGUCCCCCAUUUUAUUUUAGAAAUAAUACCAUCGGAUAUUUUGUCGACAAACUAGCAAACUACAAAUGUCCGUCCUUCAUAUCAAAUCUUGUUCCCUAUUUUGAUAGGGAAGCCUUAUAUUAAACAUAAAACUCUUAAAUAAAUGUUGCCUCAGCAAUACCAAAAAUGCACCCUGGUUUUUAAUGAUAUUCUAUGAUAUCUUGGUUAUGAAAAGAGCACACAAAUCUGAAAAGCUUUUUUUAUUAUCAUUUUUAUUACUGGAACAAAGCACUCAAAAUCUCGUUGUAAACUUAAUACUCAAUGGAAAUGUUAAUUGGUGAUCGAUAAGCAUUUAUUCAGGGCCGCACAGAGUCUGAGCCCAUGUGAGUGGCAGGUUAGCAUCUUGGCAUGCUAACAAAGAAACCUAAUUGGAACUUAUUUUAAAGGUCAUCUCAAGACCUUUCUGUUCCAAGAACACUUCGUCUCCUCUGUCACCACUGCAUAGUGGUGUGUGUGUGUGUGUGUGUGUGUGUGUGUAUGUGUGUGUGUAUAUAUAUAUAUAUAUAUAUUUUUUUAUCUGUGUUGUGUUGCUGUCUUGUUCUGUGUGUGCUCAUGAGACUGUAAAGCAACCUUGAGUGUGAGAAAUGUGCUUUAUAAAAUAAACGUAUAAUUAUAAACGUAUUAUUAUUACUACCGUACUUAUUAUUAUUACUUAAGUCCAUAAUAAACAUGCAGGAGUAAGAUCCAAAGCCUUGAACCCAAAUAGGGAUACCCAUCAGCAAGCUUUGGACAUGUUAGCCAGAUAGCUAGCAGUUGCCAGGUUUUGUACUGCAGAUGAAUCUCCGAUUGGUGCUACAGACAGAGUUGCCCCAACCGUCUGAAAACAAAACAAAACAGAACAACGUCAGAUAACAUGGAAACAAAUGACAGACUGGCCGACAGAACUAUAGACAGACAUACUGGUGCUGCUGGGCGGGCCCAGACUGGCAGACAGAACCACAGACAGACUUACUAUUCUUGCGUAGGUAGGCACAGGGGUUGCUGGAGGCUGAAGACAUGCCAAUCCAGUCGCUGUAGUACAACCCUUCACCAUCGAUCCAUCUCCAUUGAGUCUGUCAGGAUCAGAUGAGAUCAAACGGUUCUUUAUAGAUCCAGGAAGGACAUCACAGUACAGCAG